UCAGUGUCAUUGGAUGCAGAUUUCAGUUCAGUGGGCAAAGUGUCAAAUAAACAAAAAAUAUUAUUGCUUAUUUUGUUGCUUUAUAAAAUAGAAGGCUUUUACUUUCUGGUAUUUAGCUACCCUUAGGCCAGAAAGUGGAUAAUACAACGCACUGAUAAAAGCCACCAACAAGAUUUAGUUGAUUAGGUUCUUCUCCAUACUUAUCUGAUGGUGUAUUCCAGUUUAAUAUACAAAUUAUUGAUUGGGUUUUGUUAAUUCUCAGGUAUUUGUCUGUGUGUGCUGGUUCCAUGCAAUAUAUCUGAGUUGGAGUUUAUCGUUCGCCCUACAAAAUGCCCCUCACGGCUGAUGUGGCUGCUCAACAAGUGCAGGAGCGCCUCAGAUCCCUUCACAGAUUAAUCUAUGACAUUGAAGCAGAGAGAGCUCGCAAUGAGCAGUGCAUUGAUUCAAUAUUGAGAGCAGAGAAGGCAGUGGAGUCACCCCCCUCUAAUGAAGACUCCUCCAGUUCUUCUCAACAGAUGCAACUGAAAAAUUUGUACAAAUCAGCACUGUCAGCAGCUGAACAAGAAGAAAAUCUGAUUCGGAAAGCAUUGUCCCGUAUCUAUGAAAUUAGGAGUAUAAAGAAUGAAAGAAGAAUCCAGGCGCGGUACGCCGGCAACAAAGAGACGAUUGGUUGCGGCGCUCUCAUGAAGAUGUUGCUGAGUGCGGCACAAACUCUGCCCUUACACGUCGGCCGCGUCGGCGAGCGAGCUCCUCCACUGUGCGGGGCCGUGCCGCCCGACCCUGGACAUAUUGCGAAGGCUGGAGACGCUGUUGCUGCACUCGUCAGAGUGUCAGAUAAGGAGGAAAAUUGGAUAUUAGCAGAGGUUGUAAGCUGGUUGCCAGCUCAAGGCAAAUACGAAGUGGAUGAUAUAGAUGAGGAGCAAAAGAACCGUCAUGUUCUGAGUAAACGUCGCGUGGUACCAUUGCCUCUGAUGCGCGCGGAUCCUCGCGUUGACGAGCACGCGCUGUUCCCGAAGGGCGCGGUCGUCAUGGCGUUGUAUCCUCAAACCACCUGCUUCUACAGGGCUGUGGUCAACAGACUGCCUGCUAAUGCUGCUGAUCCUUACGAAGUGCUGUUUGAGGACUCAUCGUACGCGGACGGGUACUCGCCGGCGGAGCGCGUGGCGCAGCGCUACGUGAUCGCGAUCAAGGAGGGCAAGGGCCGCGCCACCUGACCCGCCGCGCCCGCGCCGCGCCUCACUGCCGCCCGCUCCGACCGCUCCGACCGCUCUGACCGCUCCGACGCCACUACAGACGAGAUGCCGUAGACUCACCAAUCACCACAAAUAACUUGGCCCCAGCUAGCCAUUUAAUGCCUCGAGCAGUACUGUUUCGUUGUUCAUACAUUUUGUCUUUUGAGCCGUCGUAUUGUUGCGUAGUCCAACUUGGAAGGCUAUUUGACGUGAGCAGUUUAGUUAUGGACCUUUAAAAGCUAUCGGGCGGGACGUGUAGUGAAGUGUUGAAGUUCAAAUUAUGCAUAAGCAUUCACAACGAAUUAUUAUAAUUUUAUCGUGUUACACGGACGCAUAAUUGAUUAAUUAGCUAGAUGUAAAAUAAUUGUGAAUUGGAUUUCGCCAUUUCUGAACUAUUUGUCUGCUGUCCUCAUGAAAAUAAUGUUCUGCUUAGAAUAUAUUCAUCUUUCAUGUACAAUAUGUAAUUUAAGCUCAAUUUAAUUGGUGUGUAAUAAAAACGAUAUAUCGAA